AUGAUUACACGUGCAAAGUCAAGAACUUUUCUUGUUAAUAGUUUUGAUGUUUAUCUUUCGAAUUUGGUUGUGCAGAAGGGAGAAGGUGUGGGAGAAGGUGGUGGAGUUGAAGGUCUUGGUGAUGGAGUAGGUGGAGAACGUUUUGGCGGGGGAGAAGAUUCAUCUCACGGAGGUGGCGACGGAGAAAGGGGAGGUGGUGGAGAAGUAGAAGGAGUUGGUGCGGUGAAUGAAGCGGCGUUGGUGGAGGAGGGGAAUUCUCCGGUGCCGACGGAGGAGAUCUUUUCGGCAAAGAAUGGCGAUGAUUGUGAAGGCCGCGACGGAGAUUCCAAGGGUGGCGAAAAGGGGAUUUUAACAUUUCUUUUAAAAUUUAAGCGCGAUGACUGUGGUAAUCUACGACAGUUUUGCAGUGUUGGUGUGAUUUCAAUUUCAUUUGAGGUUUCUCUGGUUCAAAUUUAG